UGAGCCGGGGAUGAAAUGCCCUGCCCCGCCGGGCAGGCGGAGCCCUCGGCCCCGUCCCUGCAGAGCCGUCCGUGGCGGCGGGCGGGGCGGCAGGCAGUGCGUGGGGCCGAAGGUGGGCAGAGCCGGGGCGGAAGGCAGAGCCGGGAUGGAAGGCAGCCCGCCGGUGGCAGAAUGAAUGAAAUUAACUUGAGUCCUGUAGGGAUGGACCAGCUGACUUCCUCCUCUGUGAGCAAUGCCCUGCCAGUCUCAGGAGGUCACUUGGGCUUGGCAGCAUCACCCACUCACAACGCCAUACCAGCACCAGGCUUGCCUGUUGCAAUUCCAAACCUGGGCCCCUCCUUGAGUUCCUUGCCCUCUGCUCUGUCUCUGAUGCUCCCAAUGGGUAUUGGGGAUCGAGGAGUGAUGUGUGGUAUACCAGAGAGAAACUACACCCUACCUCCACCACCAUACCCUCACCUGGAGAGCAGCUAUUUCAGACACAUUCUACCUGGUAUCUUAUCUUACUUGGCUGACAGACCACCACCUCAGUACAUCCAUCCCAACACUAUAAAUGUUGACAGCAAUCCAGCAUUGUCAGUCUCCAGCAAUCCCUCAGCCCUGGAUCCCUACCAGCCCAGUGGGACCGUGGGGCUGGAACCAGGGAUUGUCUCCAUGGACUCCCGCACGGUGAACACACACGGUCCUCAAAAUCUGCAUCCUAGUGACAGCCACGAGGUAGCACUGGAUACUACAAUCACCAUGGAAAGCGUUUCCAGGGUAACCAGCCCCAUCUCUACAGAUGGGAUGGCAGAGGAGCUUACGAUGGAUGAUGUAGCCGGGGAUCACACGCAGAUCCCGAAUGGCUCCCGGAGCCACGAACCUUUAGCCGUGGACACAGUGGGGAGUAACUUGCCAUCAGAUGCUGUGGGGCACGGUGGUGUCAUUCCCAUUCACGGUAGCACUUUGGAACUCCCUGUUGUCAUGGAGCCUGACCACAUUGCCGGGCGGGUGACAGGGAUAUCGGACAGCACACUAAAUGACCCCAUUCAUACUGUGGCCAUGAGCACCAACUCCGUGAGUGUGGCGCUCCCUACCUCACACAACCUCGCUUCCCUGGACUCAGUAGCCUUGCAUGAAGUGGGCCUCAGCCUGGAGCCCGUGGCAGUGUCUUCCAUAAGUCAGGAAGUAGCCAUGGGGCCAAGCCAUGUCGAUGUGUCUGCAGACAAUCUUGCCUUUGUACCAUCGUCUCUACAAAUGGAAGACUCUAAUUCCAACAAAGAGAACAUGGCAACUUUGUUUACCAUAUGGUGCACGCUGUGUGACAAGGCGUAUCCGUCGGACUGCCCGGACCACGGGCCUGUCACCUUUGUCCCCGACAGCCCGAUCGAGAGCCGAGCCAGGCUGUCCCUCCCGAAGCAGCUGCUCCUCCGCCAGUCCAUCAUGGGAGCUGAAGCGGGUGUGUGGACACGAGAAACCAUUCCUGUGAGGACUUGUUUCGGACCUUUGAUCGGGCAGCAGAGCCAUUCUCUGGAGGUGGCUGACUGGACAGACAAAGCAGCCAGUCACAUCUGGAAGAUCUAUCACAACGGUGUCCUGGAGUUCUGUGUCAUCACAACUGAUGAAAAUGAAUGCAACUGGAUGAUGUUCGUACGCAAAGCCAGGAACCGGGAAGAGCAGAAUCUGGUAGCUUAUCCUCAUGAUGGAAAAAUUUACUUCUGCACCUCUCGGGACAUCCCCCCUGAACACGAGCUUCUCUUCUAUUACAGUCGGGACUAUGCACGACAGCUUGGUGUCCCUGAGCAUCCAGAUGUGCACAUCUGCCACUGUGGGAAGGAAUGCGCUUCCUAUGCGGACUUCAAGGCCCAUUUGAGCAGCCAUAUUCACAACCACCUCCCCAGUCAGGGGCACAGCAGCAACCAUGGGCCAGGCCACGGCAAGGAGAGGAAGUGGAAGUGCUCCAUGUGCCCCCAGGCUUUCAUCUCCCCUUCCAAGCUGCACGUGCACUUCAUGGGGCACAUGGGCAUGAAGCCGCACAAGUGCGAUUUCUGUAGCAAAGCUUUCAGCGAUCCAAGCAACUUACGGACACACCUCAAGAUCCACACAGGUCAGAAGAAUUAUCGCUGCACCCUCUGUGACAAAUCGUUCACGCAGAAGGCUCACCUGGAGUCGCACAUGGUCAUUCACACCGGGGAGAAGAACCUCAAGUGCGAUUACUGCGAGAAGCUCUUCAUGCGCAGGCAGGACCUCAAGCAGCAUGUCCUCACUCACACACAAGAAAGGCAGAUCAAGUGCCCCAAGUGUGACAAGCUGUUUCUGAGGACAAAUCACCUGAAGAAGCAUCUCAAUUCACAUGAAGGAAAGAGGGACUAUGUCUGUGAAAAAUGCUCCAAGGCUUAUCUAACCAAAUAUCACCUCACUCGACACUUAAAAAUAUGUAAAGGCCCCACAUCCAGUCUGUCAGCCCCAGAGGAGGAAGAGGAGGAGGAUUCAGAGGAGGAAUUAAUAGACUCUAUGAGGACUGAAGACUGUAGGAUUAACAAUGGAGUCUAUUCAACAGGUGAUGUUCUCGCUGGACACAAAUGAAGGAGAGGGAAACUUUCUUGGAUAUUAUAAGUAGGGAAGGAAAAAAACCCCUCUUCCUUGUUUCCCCAGUCACCAGUGUAUGUCAGGUGAGGAGUUUUCCUUCUGUUUUUGUCUCCACACUACCACCACUUACUAUAAUCUGUAGCCAGAACACUGAACAAGACUGGAUCAUGCACGUACAAGCGAAGAGUUGCUAAGAAGGAAAUGUGAGGCAAGAUUUCUUUCACACACGCUGUGCAUACUUCUCCAAAUCACUCAGAUUAAUCCAUCCAGUUCCAGAACACAUGACACACCUCACAUAGCCCUUCGAGCAAAGAGCCAUGAGCCAGAAAUGUAACUGAGGGGUUGCAGUGACCUGUAAGCCAACUGUCCUUAACUGCCCAAGGUGUGACAUGAAGAGAAACAAGGAAAAAAUGGUGGUGGAACUUUUUAACUGAAGGAUGUGGUUUGGCAUAAAGCAAAGACUUCUCAGUGCUCAGGUUUCCUUCUUAAAACAAAACCUUUAGGUUAAAAAAAAGGCCAGUGAAAUCAGCACUUCCAUACAAAGUAUCCCACUACAGAAAAUCAACCAUUGGUUUUUGGAGAACCCUCUUCUCCCUCUAGUUGACAGCCCAUGGAAGCAGGUGAAGAGAUAAGACUGUAUGGAUUCAGUAAGGAAGGGGCUUACAGACGAUCAAGCAGUGUUUACAGUAUAUGUUACUUCUUGUGCUGUAGACCUUUUACCACCUAGAAUGAUGGGAGGUUUGCUGCUAAUAUUAUUUAUGGAAUGAAGAUUAUUACAUUUGGUUGGUUUCUUUUGAAAUAAUUAAAAAUGUGGCUCUUCUCUAAUGUUCUUUUUAAACAUUUACGUAUACUGAAAAAGAAUGUUCCUAUUUCUGAUAAUGAUGCUAAGAGAUGUAACACCACUUUUUGAUCAUCUGCCUCUCCCAGGCUUUCCUGAGACAUGGUAUGUGUAGGGAGCACUUCCAUGAACGGGGCAGCUAAAGAACUCUAGAUUUGCUGUGUCACUCCUCUGGCUGUGCUGCAAAAGAAGAUUCAGGUGUGCUGUGUUCUCUGACAAGAUAAUGGAAGGUUCCCUUGGAAAAGAGGCUCUGCUUUGGGCCCUAAAUGGCCUAAGCUUAGCUGUUCCUCUCCCUGUAUGCUGCAGUGCCUAGAGAGCUCCCAGAGUUCUUAAAACCUGAAAAUGCUUGCCUCAGAUCAGUAUGUGACCAAAAAGCUCCAGAGAGACAGGUGCUGGGAUCUUGGUAAGUCCAGGCAAAUAUGUGUUGCUUCCAGUAAUGGCAUUUCUUCCAGAAACAAAAAGCAACUUUGAGACCUACAUAUAUUACUAGAGGUAGAGGUAAGAGAAAUCACUUACCCUCAAAGGUCUUGUCAAAAAGCAUUUAUUUAAAAUUAAAGCUUUGAAAAACUUAGAAGUUUUCAGUGGAGAGCAGUUGAACAGCAGUGGUUCUGGUACGUACACUUUCUUAAGCUUCACAAAAGCAAUUGUUCAUUUGUUGUCCACACAUCAUUCUCUACUGCUUGGCAGAAACAGGAUGGAGGCAGGAAUCCCGACACAUCCAGAGUAUUCUUGGUUCCUGCAGAGCCAUGCUGAACACCUUCACCAGACUACAGACAGCUGAAGUAGCUUUAAAGCAGCCAGUUGCCCUCAAGGGACAGGAAGGAAAACUACAGACCUUGCCUUUUCCCCAUCUGCAGUUUGUAGGGACACAAUUUACCUGCUUUACCUCACCAUCAUGAACUAUAGUGAGUUAGGGUGAAAAGCAAUGGGAUGAGCUUGGAGCUGUGGGUAUGAUCCUACAGCUGCAUCAGUGGAUUUAAUACCCAGGGUAUUUUGCAGCAGGAACACUCCAAGGCACCUUCAGUGUGUGCAGAGGGCAAGUGCUCAGUGGAAGGUAAGAGCAUCAAUUACAUUCCUGAUAUAAAGCAGGUGGAUGUUACAUUUAUAAUGUAAGGAAAUUCUUUGAGUCACAUCCCUUGAUUAGGUUCCUGAUUCUGCAAACAAGGGGCUUAAGUUGGUGGUUAAACUGAUACUUAAAACUCUUUUCUGUGCCUUCAGGUGUCAGGCAGAAAUGCCUGAGCAGAGUUAAGAACAUAAUAGAGAGAGCUUUUCACCAGUAACAGUGACCAGCUGGGAUCCCAACCCUCACUUUGUGUCCUGACAGCCUCUCAUCCUCCUUGAAUAGCAGCUCCUUAUUUCAGUUCAAAUUCUCUUGCAAUACAUCUGGAGUGUGAAGAAAAACCCAAUACUAUGUGCAGUGUCACUAAACUUCAGGUGCUGUGGAACCUGGAAAAAGAAACCCCCCGUCCUGGUGGGACAGAGCUGGGUUAUUUCUGGUUUGAUACUGGUGAUAUCAGUGUUUAGAAAUACAUUCCAAGAUUCUGCUUCAAGACUCAAACUUGUUGCCUGAGAAGUACUCUUAAGAUUUAAAAAGUUACCUGGAAGAUCUUUCAAAAUCUGUAAACCUAGCCUCAAAUUAAGGAUAAAUUAUUUAUUUACACUUGUAAUUUAAGUCAAUAAUUGUUUAUUUAUUACACAACUGUUGUGUGAAAUAUUUUUCCUUAUGCUCCUAGAAGGUAGAAGAUAAAACUCUCUUUGCAGUAUUCAACAAACUUCUGUGAUCACAGAAUACUUUGCUAGUGACUGUUCCAUUUUAUGUAUCAGCUUUACAUAUGGUAGCCCCUGUUUCAGGGAUCAUUACAUCAGGCAAGUGAUUCAAUCUUUCCGAGCUGGUAAUAGGGCAGGAGCUUAGAGCUUAACCACACCACCACCUUUCUUUGGCUGAGAUGAAGAAGCUGCAGAUUGCAAGACACCAGAGUCAUUUCAUGAACUCCACCGAACAGGGGCAUUUGUAGAAUACACAUUAGUUGUAGUCCCAUUAAUUACUUUGAUUUUUUGAUGUCUGGUCCAUCAUGAUUCCAUUGCUGUCUCCAAAUCAUUGCUGCUACUGCUGGCUGCGGAGCUGGAAGCCACAGAGUUUGCACUAGCCAGGAUGAGCCUCUCUCUGUUUCCAAAAACUUCAUUCACUGCAACACAAAUGGAAUUGCUCACAUGUUAUUCUCCCAGAGGAGAAAGGAGUACAGCAGGGACAGCCUGGUGAGCAGCACAGAAUGGAAAUCCCACCCUGCUGUGGUUUCAAAACUCUUCCCCUUACCCCAAGUACAGAGUUGAACAUAAAGGUAAGAAAAUUGCCUGCCUAUGAUACUUCAAUUACAAGUUCUGUUAUUUUUCCUCCAGAGCAUCUAGAGGUUUCCUUUGCAUAAUUCUGUACCUAAGUACUGUAAAACUGAUGAGGUUGGAAGACUACAUCAUUAAGUUUAAAUAAUUUAUUUCUGGUUUUAGUCUCUGGUUCCCAAUAGGCUCUUAAAAGCCUUCUCCAAAAAAACCCAUGCUCUUUAGUUACAGGUAGCUACAAGUGAUCAAAACCAGUCCUUACUUUUCUUCCUGUAAGUACUCAAAAAAUAUGAUACCAAAUCACAUCAAGACUAUCAAGAAAAAAACCAAAACACAGGAAUUAUAAGAAAUAAGGUAUUACACAUUAGCUGCAAGAAUGUAAAUCGUGUCAAGCAGUUCUCCAAUUUAGGAAAAAAAAAUGGUUUUUGAAGCUGAAAAUGUGACCACACAUACAGUCUUGGAGUAUUUAAAAAUACUAACCCCUAUGGUUUUCUGCCAGAGUCACAAUACAUUACUGAAUACACCUUGCAAGCAAGGGGAGAACCACAAGAUUCCAAGAAAUGAGACCCUCACCUGCAGAGAUCUUGCUUAUAUCCCAGACACGCAGCCCUUCCCGCUCUCCUCCGAAGGCAAAGACAAACGGGAGGUCAGGGCAGCAAGCGGCACAGAACAGAACUCCCUGGCAGGGUGGGAGAGAAAGAAGAGAUUUUUUUUUUUUAAAUCUUAAAAUGAAUUUGUCAUCUGAAAAUACUUUCACCAAGUAAGUUUUAACAAAUUAAGUUUCUGAAACUUCUUUUGUAAAGUCAUAAAAUCAAAGUCAAGAGCUGCUAAUUAUAAACAGUUAAUCCCAUCUUUGUCUUGAAUGUAGCAGAAGCAAGCUGGAGCACCCAUAAUUCUACACAGAACACUGUAUCUGGAAUUUGGGACUCUGAGGCUUUAAAGCAGGCUUCCAAUUUCAUGUGGAAUACUGCACUGAGAUGAGAAUGAUUUACCCAGAAUAGGUUGCUAUUUUUUUCCCUAUGAGACCUUAGGUAGAACAAGAUUCAAACUGGACAGAAAAAGAAUAAGCACACAUAGUAGAAUCAAUACAUAAAUAUUACUAUACCAUUUUCAUAUCCCUGGAAUGGACUAAACUUGGUCUGUCUCCCAGGAUAUCCCAGAUUUUCACAUAUUUGUCAGCAGAUGAUGUCACAAGGCACCCUUUGAUCUGACUGCUUAGUUGUAGCCCUGGAAGAUGAAAAGUGCAGCAGUGUGAGAGCAACAGGCAAUCCCCACUUCACAGAGAUUAGGAUACAUUUUGAAGUGAAGAUAUGAGAACGACCCCAAUAUUCUCCUUACACUAACUCCAUUCCAGAACAAAGGAGCAGAACAUUAAUGAAAGUUCCAUGCUGCCACUAUAGUGAGAGCCAGAGGAACCAUGCAGGCCUAUUUUGCCUCCCAAUCCCUUCAGCAGAGAUUUGUUUCACAUGCCAGCUACCAUGAUUAGCAUGCACAAUUUACGUGUUAAUCAAGGAAUCACUACACCUCGGUGCUAUGGAUUAAAGGUAUCUCCCAGAUGUGCCCUGCCCACUUGGGACAAACAGGACACAAAGGCAAUUUACCUGACACCUCUCCGUCGUGAGCCUUCAGAGUAAACAGGGGCUUCUCAGCACGAGCAUCCAGGCAGUACACAAAGCCAUCGUCUGUGCUGGCCUACAGAAACCACAGCAUUGGCAGAACAAACAGCCACAGUCACUCAUUGGGAAAAAACUGCCAGUGAAGUAACACCCAGCCUCUGGUAAACCCCUCUGAUCUGAGGCAGACACUGCUUCUCCCUAGGACACGUUACACUGUUCCCAGGCCUGCACCCCAAAGUCAGGCACCACCCAAGCUGGCACCCCAGCUAUUCUAUGAACCUCAAUUAUGCUGCACUGAUGACACGAAGUCUUAAUCCCAUGCAAACUUCUUAAAGGGUAUUUUGAAGAGAGUUCCCCCACUAAGUUUGAUCCUCAGGUCAGGCACUGAAACACAGAACCUUCAGUCUUUUUACUGUCAGUGCAAAGCUUUUGGAGCCAUCAGUAGCUGCACAGUAGUCCUGUGCCAAACGAAGUGUGAUUUCACCAGGGGAGACCCACAUCAUAAAACCAACAGAGCUGAGCAGCCACUUCUAUUGGCUAUAUACACAAAGCAACAGAGAAGUAGACAGCCACUAAGAUAAUAGUGAAGAUUUGUUUCUAAAUUCUGUUGCAAAGUUUUAUUACAAGCUGUAGGUCUCUUCUCCCAGGUAAUAAGUAACAGAACAACAGAAAAUGGCCUCAAGUUGCACCAGGGGUAGUUUAGAUUGGACAUCAGCAAAAAUGGCUUUAUCAAAAGGGCUGUCAAGCACUGGCACAGGCUGGACAGGGAAGCGGUGGAAUCCCCAGCCCUGGAGGUAUUUAAAAGCCAUGUCGAUGAGGCACUUACAGACAUGGUUUAGUGGUGGACUUGGCAGUGCUGGGUUAACAUUUAAACUCCAUCUCAGAGGAGUUUUCCAACCUAAAGGAGUGAAUCACUCCAUACCAGCCAGGAGGACAGUGCCCUCUAGCGCUGACUUGAAACACUGAGUUAAUAUUCAGGAUCUUAGUUCUAAUUAGCUAUUUCUCAGCUGCAGUUCCUUCACUGCAUGAAACACAACAGAAACUCUGCAAAGGAAAAUAUAUCCCAGCCAGUGAACACUGCAAUGAUGUGACCAAGGUUGUCACCUCCAGAGUGAAAAAGCACCAGCAUCAACAGCUUUUCUACUGUCACAGUGAAGAUACCAAGUAAGUAGCUGGUCUAGAGAUACUUACUGAAAAAACUACCUGAAAACAUCCUCCCCCAGACUGCAUUAUUAUAAUAAGCAGCACAAACCACCCAAAUAUCCAUGGCUCCAUUCUGAUUCAGAAACAUUAUGAACACUAAAUAGGUUAACACUGGUUAAAUGAUCGGUUAAAACCACAACAGAAAAGCAUGUACUCACCAAGAAAUGGCAAGGUGAGAAAUGAUUCCAAAUUACUCUCUCAACCUGACCACUAAACCGCCACACUCGAUGGCUGUCCUGGGGGUUUCUGCAGUCGUACAGCACUGCUGAUCUAGGGGACAAAGGGACAGGAAAUAAAAUUUAAAAAAAAAAAAUCAGGGCAGAACACUUCAUUACAUAGUCUGCUUUCUCACUGGCAUCUAGAGAAGCUCCAUGUAAACUACAAUCAAAAAUUAAAUGGAAAAAACUACAGAAAAAACUUCACUACUCAGUCUUCUAAUUCAGUAACAGAUUAAAAUCUUGCAGAUAAGCACGACAUUUUUCCAUGUGCUUCUAAGUUUCAUCUUGGUUACCAAUAGCCUCUCUGUUGAAACUAAGCAGAGCUUGAAUUUACUCAAUACAUAAGAUACUUAUCACAUAGCAGACCAUAAUUAUGCAAAUAUGUCACUUAAUUAUGAACAGACUUCAGUAAAGUCAAGUAAUGAUGCAUUAAUUAGGAAAUCAUUUUGUCAUACAUAUGCAUACAUUUUCAGAUAUGAUUAAUAAAAAAGUAUUUUCUAAAAAACCAACAAUCUUAACAAAUAGUUAGACAAACACUACUCCACAAAGGAGAAAGAGUGGAUGGCAGUCCUCUGGGAUUCUUUACAGGCAUGUGCUCAGCUGAGUGGCUGCAGAAUCUGCUCCAACUCAAAAAGAUCCUGGGUGCAAAUGCAAGGGAGGAGUGGUCAUGCCAGUCCAGCAUCACCUCACCACUAUCAACAUCCUCAGUGUAACCCACUCCCACUCGAUCAUACAAUUAAAGCAGGGUGAUGUAGGUUUCCCAGGCACUUUACACAACAGUUUCUUUAAGUCUGAUUUCCAGGUUAUGAAGGCAUCUCCCAGUGCUCACUGAAUUGCCUGUCGUCCUGCAAGGCUUUGCAAGAAAAAUCCACAAGGGCACUCAGUUAAUUUCUGGAUAACACAGUGGUUUAGAGGCUACCAUGGUACCAAAGGGGUAGCUAAAAAGGGAUCAGCAGCGGGUCACUGCUGGGACUUAACGCUUCCUUUUAUCAAAGGAAGUUGAGAGGAAAAGACAGAAGCAGCUUCCUAACAACAGCAGAAGGUCCUCCUCCAAUUCUUCAGCAGAUGCAGCAAGAACAAAACAGAAGCCAAAGAACUCAAAGGCUUGGCUAAAGAUUGGUAAGUCUCUAAAUUAUGUUAACAUAAGGACAAAGUCUAAAAGCAGAAUAAAAAAAAUCAGUGUAAGAAAAUAAUUGUGAUAGAACAAAAUUUGAAAGUUACUCUACUGAGAUGGGAGAACGAAGAGAGAGUUUUUUGGCUGGCAGGACUCAGAAGAACUGGCAGCCACAGAGUAGUCCAAGUGUGUGCAGACACAAACCAUUUCCCAGCAUCUCCAGGCUGCAGUCACAGGAGACAGCCCAUUACUCUUUGGCUGUGCCUACAGAGGCUGGACGGAGAGAACUGGGAUUUUGAAGUCCCUUGUGCCUCCACCCUGGCUUUACUGGCUGGCAAAAUCUGGGCAAAUUUUCACAGGAAUAAACAGUGACAUGUUCCCAAUGAAGAAAAUGCCAUAAGGCCAAAUUAAGAAAUAAAUUUGGUUUGGAGCAGGCAGACACCUGGCACAGAAAAUGUCAGUCCAGAUGGUUAAAGCAUUUGCUACCCCUGAAAAAGAGGUAAGGAAAACUACAUCCUGGCCAUAUGCAAACCUGGCUUCCUUGCUGGAAAAAAAUAACAGCAUUACUCAAAUUGGCAGAGUUAUUAAAAAAAUGGAAGAAAACACAAGGCUUAAUUGAAUAUGAAUACCCUCCCCAGGUGCAACAUGUGAAAACAUGACCCUGACAUACUUAUCAAACGAUCCAGAAACGAGGGUCUGAGUUUCAAACGGAUGAAACUGCAGUGUCUGGACCUAGAUAAUGGAAGAUUUUAUGUAACACAAAUACAGGAACUUUCUUGGAACAAAGCACAACCAUCCCAACCCCAAGCCAGCACACAGUCCUCCCCAAAAAAGCCUCCAAUUAAGCUUGAUGUUACUCAGAUUGCUCAAAAUCAGUGCAAGAGAUGUGCAUUAUUUCAAACACCCCCCCGGUGAAAACAAGAUAUUUUCCAAGAUAAUUGGACUGAACAGAACCCCAUGCCCCUUUUCUGCCCUAGAUAUUAAAAAAAAAAAAAAAGAAAAAGAAAA